UGAAAUACUUUGAAGGCCCUUAAAAUUCGCUAUUAUUUACGUUCGUUUCACGGAAGGCCACAAAAUUAAAAGACACGCCGUCACUACUGUUCAAAUUAACCUCGAUUUAUUGCCGUGCAUAUGUUAGUAAAAGUCGAUAGCCUUACUGUUUCAUUCUAGAUCAUCAUCGACGCACUUCAAUGGAUCGAAAGGAAAUGAAUGUCAGAAAAAAAAUUGACACACAUGCUGUUAUCAAUUUAGUAGGUACCCUCCCCCGCUGGGCUGGAACCGCGAUAGCAUUCCGCCAAAACGGGUCUAGUGCGUGGUGCAUGGUGUCCGAUAGCGAUUCAAUUAUGACACUGAACGUCGUUUUAUGUAGCAUAACUCAUGUCAUAUGCAAAUCACUGCUGUUUCGCAGAACUUGGACUAAUUGCCAGGCGUUAUUUAGUCAGCACUCACGGUUGCAAAGGCUCAGUUUUGCGGUGAAUCCUCGAGCGAACAGUCAUGACCCGUUGGAUAGUAUUCGUGGUAGUGGUGGUGUUGGGUGUUGGUACGACGAGAUCAGCCCCAUCGGAAGACGGAAGGAUCAUCAACGGGAAGGACGCUGAACUUGGACAGUUUCCGUACCAGGCCUUGCUGAAAAUUGAGACCCCCAGGGGUCGCGCACUGUGCGGUGGAAGCGUUUUGAGUGAAGAGUGGAUUCUAACGGCGGGCCAUUGCGUGCAGGAUGCUUCUUCGUUUGAAGUCACUAUGGGCGCCAUAUUUCUGAGGAGUACGGAAGACGAUGGACGCGUGGUGAUGAAUGCUACCGAGUAUAUCCAGCAUGAAGACUACAAUGGACAAAGUGCGUCUAAUGACAUCGCCGUUAUAAAGCUACCGCAAAAAGUUCAGUUCAGCAAUCGAAUCCAAGCGGUUCAGCUUCCCACGGGACACGACGACUACAAUCGUCGAAUGGCAACGGUCAGUGGGUGGGGAAAAACCAGCGACAUGGGUGGUGUUGCCAAGCGAUUGCAGUAUGCUACAAUUCAAGUGAUCCGUAACAAUGAGUGCAGACUUGUCUACCCGGGUUCUAUCGAGACGACCACGCUGUGCUGCCGAGGUGACCAACAGUCGACCUGUAAUGGGGAUUCAGGAGGUCCGUUGGUUCUCGAGGACGACAAAACAUUGAUUGGAGUGGUCAGUUUUGGGCACGUGGUCGGUUGUGAGAAGAAACUCCCAGUUGCGUUUGCACGUGUUACCGAGUUUGCCGAUUGGAUUCGGGAGAAAACGGGAAUGACGGCACAAAGCGGAAGCGAUGGCGACGGACAGUCAAGAUGACUAGGCGAUGUGUUGAAAAGCACGAUGAAGAAACUUUAUGAUUGAAGAAGAGUUUGAUCUUAAAGUGGGACAAAGUUUCUCUGUCUUAAUUAGAAUAGAAGCACCAGGUGAAGGAUAAUUUCUCAUAUCUUCUUAAAAGUCAAUGUUCAGCUCGUUUCUAUUAGUAGUGUUUUUUAUCUGUUUAAUAGUCAUUUUAGCGGAUUUCUCUUUAGAAGUAUAUAAUAAUAUAUCAUCAUCAUCUUAGAGGUGCUAUACACAUUUUUUGCUCCUAUUGUCUAGUAUUUACAACCCCCUAGGAAGGAAACUAUGACCAUGAAGAGUGAACGAUUUGAUGAUGUGAUUCCCUUAAAUUUGUCAUUCUGAUGAAAGCGUUUAUUUUUUUGUCGGAAAUAGUUCCCGAUUUCGAUUUGUUUCCGUUUCUUAUUAUUUUUAUCGCAACCGAUAUAUAAAAGUCAAUGAUUGGUCAACAAACUUCAACAAUUUAGACGUAUGUGUAGAUCUCGAGGUAGUGUACAUUUUCCGUUAUUUUUGAACCUACUUUUUACCUAAUAAAAGCAUAAAUCCGAAAAAAAAAAAACGAGAAACGAAGAGUAAAAACCGAACACAUUUAAGAAUCACACACAAUCAAAUCUGGUCAAAAACGAUUAGCAGUGUGGAAGUAUCGCAUUUUGGAACAGUUUACCCGAAAAACGAUAAGAACAUAAACGGGCAAAAUGUUGAUGUAAUUUCUAAAUGGCGUAUUGGUUUGAGCGAAAAAACGGGUGCGAUAAUGUCUUUCAGGAAAACGACGAUGUUUUGGUCGAAUGGUGGUAGUCGAAAAAAAAAA